UGUCGCACCAUGGUGACCGAAUAUAUAGCACUCCCCCUGGUACCCGCCAGUCCGUUGCUGACCUCAUUGCAGCUUGUCUACUUCAAUCAAGUCUCUUAAGUCCUCGGAUCUGUCUCUGCGUAGAGACAAUCCUUGUGCUAGCCAUCCCACAUUCCUCGGUCCGGUCCUCACGGAAGGAGAAGCCCCCGCCAUUGUCACACCGACAUCAUCGGUACAUUGUGUCUGAGGAGAGGUUCAGUACGACCUGGAAUAGCGGCCCAUUAUAACCAAGAUGGCCGGUGACAGCAAGCCUGAAGUGAUCGAAAGUGCUAACGUGGCCGCGGCCACGGCCAAGCCCAGCUUUGGGGCUCGCGUGGCUAGGCACUUCAAGCGAUGGUGGUGGGUGUACAUCAUCGCCUUGAUCGUGAUUGUUCUUGUAGUGGUGCUUCCUGUAGUCUAUGUCGCAUACCCCAAGGAGGCUCAACACAUCGUCAAUGACUCCAACCUGACUGUCACAUCGAUGAUCAUCAGUGACCCCUCAUCUUCAUCCUUCGACCUCCACCAACUACAGGUCAUUGGAUCCAACAGCUCUUUUCACCCGACCUUCUACUCCUUCUCGGCAGCCAUCAGCCUGCUGGGAUCCGCCGUCUUCACUCACGUUCAGGUUCCCCCGUUCAACGGCCACAAUGGCGUUGUCAUCGAUGUCAACCAGCGUGCGAACCUGACCAACGAGACGGCAUUCGCCGAGUUCUGCAAGGCCGCCAUCAUGAACGAGCAGUUCCCUCUCAACGUCUACGGCAAGCCCCAGCUAAAAGAGGGAAGUCUUCCCAAGACCACUGUGACCUACAACAAGACCGCCAUGGUGACAGGCCUCAACAAGCUCUCCGGCUUUGACCUCGUGGACAUGUCAAUUGGAACCAACAACACAGACGGCACCAACGCCAAAGGAACCGUCUACAUCCCCAACCCCUCCGACAUCAGCAUCGCCGUGGGCAACCUAACCCUCAACCUGGAGGUCAACAACACCGGCAUCGGUCAGGCCUUCAUCUACGACCUCACGAUCAACCCAGGCAACAACACCGUCCCCAUGACCGCCAACGUCAGCACCCUCACCGUCGCCAGCAUGCUAGGCAACUACCCGGACUACAUGAUCCCCAUCGACAUCACCGGCAACUCAAGCAUCUACAACAACCAGCCGCUCCUCUACAUCGAAGCGGCGCUGGCAUCGCUCAAACUGCAGGUUCAAUUGAACGUGACGCAGGCAUUGGGCGGUUAAUUCAGCCAGUUAGUUCUUGCCUUUAAAUAGAGGGUCUGUAUUUUUGCUUUUACGGACUGAUGGAUCUUGUAUCCUCUCUUGUUGGGGAUAAAAAAUGAGACAUGUGUGUUAUGUGGAGGGUUGAUGGUUUGUUUUCUGUUUAUAUAUGGCCUAUUUACUGCUUACGAUGAUGUUGUGAUUCCCAUGUUGCCUUGGAUGGAUGGAUGGAUGAAUGGAUAGAGGGAUGAGAGCUGGACUUGUGUCAUCGUUGGUUUGGACUGAGCUAGGUAGGUAAUUGUCACUUAGUAUAGUAUAGUAUAGUAUAGUUAGUAUAUGUAAUAAUCUAU